GAGAGCUGAACAGAGGCUGCGCUCUCGCGAGAUUUCGACGAGUUUUACUUGAGCUAACGCCACGUCUUACCUGCGAGCAUCAACGUGGACGUCAAAGCAGCGCGUUUAUAACACGCAUCGCGCGGAGGACAGAUCGUUAUAAAGCGGCCCCGGCAGGCAGAAACAUCCGACCCGACCCGGGGAUAAUAUGGGCUGUGUACGUCUGCUGGCGCUGACGCUGGCCACGUCUGCAGUACUCCUGUUGGCCGCCGCCCACAGCCAUUCCCAUGGCGACCACGACCACGGCCACCAUCACCACGGCCACUCCCACGGAGAAGAGGAUCACCAGGAGGACGUGAGGAUGUUCCACGGAGCGAGCAAGUGGAGCGCCGAGGCCAACAUCCCAGCGCACGAGGAGGACGAUUACGGGCACGAUCACGGGCACGCCCACGAUCACGGGCACGCCCACGAUCACGAUCACGGGCACGCCCACGAUCACGGGCACGAUCACGGGCACGCCCACGGGCACGCCCACGAUCACGGGCAUGGGCACGGGCACGGGCAUGCUCAUCAUCAGGAGGAUGGGGUGCGGGUGCACAAGGAGGGGAACGGACACGAACACAGGGUGAAGAGGGAGGCCGACGGCGCCAAGAGGGACACGGUGGAGCUCUGGACACAGGCCAUCGGAGCGACUCUGCUCAUCAGCGCCGCUCCGUUCCUGAUCCUCUUCCUGAUCCCGGUCCAGUCCAACAGCGACAAGCACCAGAACCUGCUCAAGGUGCUGCUCAGUUUCGCCUCGGGCGGGCUGCUGGGCGACGCCUUCCUCCACCUCAUCCCACACGCUUUGGAGCCCCACUCUCACCAUGGAGAAGAAGAUCACGCCCACUCGCCCGCCAGUGAGGAGUCACAUGACCACGGCCACUCCCACGGAGCUGCCCACGGUCACAUGAUGUCAGUGGGUCUCUGGGUCCUCGGCGGGAUCAUCGCCUUCCUGUGUGUGGAGAAGUUUGUGCGAGCCCUGAAGGGCGGCCACGGCCACGGGCACUCGCACGAUUCUCCCAAAGAAAAGGACAGUGACGGAGAAGAGGAGAAGGAAAAGAAGAAGUCGAAGAAGGAGGUGAAAGCGAGCAAAGACGAGGCGGUGCCGACGAAAGAGGAGACAAAAGGCACAGGAGACAUCAAGGUGUCGGGUUACCUGAACCUGGCGGCCGACUUCACGCACAACUUCACCGACGGCCUGGCCAUCGGCGCGUCCUUCCUGGUCGGCCCGGCCGUCGGCGCCGUCACCACCGUCACCAUCCUGCUGCACGAGGUCCCGCACGAGAUCGGAGACUUCGCCAUCCUCGUCCAGUCCGGCUGCACCAAAAAGAAGGCCAUGUGUCUACAGCUGCUGACGGCCCUGGGCGCCCUGGCCGGCACGGCUUGCUCCCUGCUGGCCGAGGGCGUGGGCGCCGCCGCCACCGCCUGGAUCCUGCCGUUCACGGCCGGCGGGUUCGUUUACAUCGCCACGGUGACCGUGCUCCCGGAGCUGCUGAGGGGCCGCUCCAGCUUCGGCCAGUCUCUGAUGGAGAUCCUGGCGCUGCUGUUCGGAGUCGGGAUGAUGGUGCUGAUCGCCGAGUACGAGUGAGACGCGGUCGGAGAGACGACGGAGAGGUCAAGAGGGUCAAAAGAACAGUUGAGAAUAAAUGCUGUUUUUAAAAAAAAAAAAAGAUUUCCUUUUUUUUUUUUUUUUUUUAAUGAAUUCUAGUUUUGGGAAUAAAUCGCCACCUACUGACGGCGAAUGGAAGAUUUUUGUCGUCGCGGACACAUCCCUUAUUUUUACAAUCAAUGUUUCUAUUUUGGCUUCUUUAAAAAUAAAAAAAUACGUGACGGAAACUUUUUUUUUUUUUUUGAGGACGUGCCGUGUUGACGUCCAUCGGGACGUUGGAGGUCUUUCGGUCGUCGCUUUCACCGCUCGGAUCAGCUACACUUUUUUUUUUGGGCCGGUUUUCAUCCAAAAGUGACUUGCAUAUCUUCAUUUUCCAGCCACCAUUAUUAUUUUUUUUAUUUUGGAAGUGGUUGGUCUUUAAACCUUCAGAGUUGAGCAGAGAAAGCAAUGUUCUGACUACGGAUCACUUGUACGUGAUAUUGAAUGAUAAUAUUUUGACAUUCCACGAAAAUAAAAGUCUGUGUUGUGGCUGCCACACA